AUGGAUGCGAAAGAGAUCGAGCUGAAGUCAAAAGCUUUGACCAAAGCCACUGCUUCUGGAGAAUCGAGUGCCACGAUAGUUUCGCUGCUGAAGGAGCUUCAGAAAGGAAUCCAACCUACCGAGGACCUUUUGCGGUCAACAAAAAUCGGUAUCAUCGUCAACAGGCUCAAACAGCACAAAUCACCAGAUGUUGCCCGGCUUUCCAGCGAGAUAGUUUCAAAAUGGCGUGCAGAGGUCAACAAGCAGAAGAAAACUGCGUCUCCUGGCUCAAGCGAUUCCCCCAAGCCUACUCCCAACGGAACCGGCACUCCUGCAUCGGCGACGAACGAUAAGGCGCAAAGCUCAAAUGUACCGCCAGACAAGCGCAACUGGAAAGCUGACCAGGUUAAUACUUCGGUUACCGGUGUCAAGGCACGCGAUAGCUGCAUCGGUUUGAUGUACGAUGGCCUCUGCCUCGGCUCUACGGAAUCCUCCCAGGCAGUCCUGCGAAAGGCAGCCGAAGUCGAAGCUGCGGCGUUCAAGGCCUUUGGGCCUGAGAGCAAGGAAGUGUAUCGCACCAAGAUGCGAAGUUUAUUCCAGAACCUGAAGAACACAUCGAAUCUCAGCCUCCGGACUCGCGUUCUCACAAACGAAGUCACGCCCGAGCGGUUCGUUAACAUGACACAUGAAGAGCUCAAAUCCGAUGAACGAAGAGAGGAAGACCGCAAGAUCCAAAAGGAGAACAUGGACAAGGCCAUGGUUGGACAGCCCGAGCGAAGCAUCAGUAAGAGCUUACAGUGCGGCAAAUGUGGCCAGAGAAAAGUUACAUACACCGAGGCGCAGACACGCAGUGCUGACGAACCGAUGACACUCUUCUGCACAUGUCUUGCUUGUGGAAAGUCAUGGCGUCAAUAA